UUUCAUCGGAAACCGGACAUCUGUAGGUGGAUCUUAAAUCGUGGCUGUUUGUCGUCCUGCUCACUUUCCCUUUAUUCGUCUCCCUCGAAUACACACUUAAAGGUGCAGGAAAGUAAAGGCUGACAUAAUGGCAUUUUAUCAACAGCAACCGUUUUACAACCCGAGAAUCCCAUUUAGUGGCCAAAUCCAGGGAGGCCUGCAGAAUGGGAAGAGCAUUGUCGUAAGUGGACGCGUUUUACCUGGGGCUAACAGAUUUCACGUGAACCUUCAGUGCGGUUCCCAUUCUGGGGCUGAUAUUGCUCUGCACUUUAACCCGCGCUAUGAGAGCUCCAGGUAUGUAGUGCACAACACAUUCCAGAACAGGUCCUGGGGCUCAGAGGAGCGCAAAUUUGAAUCUCCCUUCCCCCAAGGCCAAACAUUCACCCUCCAGAUCUUUGUCGAGCAGGACAAAUACAAGAUAUCUACUAAUGGGAGGCACUUCAUGGACUAUAGACACCGCAUUCCAUAUUCUCAGGUGGACACCAUCUCGGUGGAUGGAAUGGUGGAGUUAAACUCUAUUGCCUUUCAGAAUCCUGCGCCCUAUUUACCCCCACAGCCAGCCUUUCCAGGUUAUGUUGCACCUCAAGUAGGAUUUCAGCCUCAGUAUGCUGUCCCACCAGGAUGUGGGUUCCCGGCAUACCCAUCUGCACCCAACUAUACUGUCCCCUACAAAACCGUCAUCAGUGGUGGACUUCACCCUGGCAAAAACAUUGUCAUCCACGGAGUUAUCAAUCACAAUGCUAACAGAAUAGCAUUUAACCUGCGCUACAGAAGUGGGAUUGCGUUGCACUAUAACAUUCGUUUUGACGAGAGCGUUGUUGUGCGUAACACCAAUCAGAUGGAGCAGUGGGGUAAAGAGGAACGCUUCGGAGGCUUGCCAUUUCAAAAAGGACAACCUUUUCAGGUCACAAUCUCCUGCAAUCCUCAUCAUUACAACGUGUUUGUCAAUGGCAAACAAGCACACACUUACAAUCAUCGCUACAAGAAUCUGAACGACAUCGAUAUAUUGGAGAUUACGGGAGAUCUGCAGCUGAAUUUAGUUCAGUAUAAUAUAUGGGUGGGCUUAAAAACACAGCUGUAUUUAGCUGGCUACUCAGUGUCAUGCUUUCACAUCCGUGGUGCUUCAGCCUUGAUCUUGAAUAAGAAGAAUAGCAUUUUUGGCUGCAGAAAAACAAGAAUUGAAAGAAUGGCAGAUAGCGAGCAACAGCUGGCAAUUUAUAAACCAACAAACGCAGUUACAUCAAUCAAGGGAGGCUUGCAGGAAGGAAAGCGUGUUAUCAUAGUUGGACAGAUUUUGCCAGAUGCUAACAGAUUACAUGUCAACCUUCAGUGCGGUUCAGAUUCUAAGGCUGAUAUUGCUCUGCACAUAAACCCACGCUACGAGAAAGGCAGUGCACGAAUAAUGUACAACACCUACAAGAACGGCGCCUGGGGCUCCGAACAAUCCACACCUGAGUCUCCUAUCGCCAAAGACAAACCGUUCGUCAUCGAGAUCCUUGUCAACAAGGAGGCAUACGAGAUAAGCGUCAAUGGGAAACACUUAAUGGACUAUGAACACCGUAUUCCAGUCAUUCAAGUGAACACCAUCUCGGUGGACCAAAACAUCAAGCUGGAGUUCAUUGGCUACCAGAAUUCUGUGCCACCAUACAAAAAAGGACUGGUCAAUGGACUAAAGCCUGACAAAAACAUUGUCGUUUAUGGAAUUCCUAAGCUUGACUGUAAAAGCGUAGCGAUUAAUCUGCGCCACAGAUAUGGGGUUGCGUUUCACUACCAGUGCCGUUUUGAGGAUAAAUCAGUUGUCUGCAAUACCCAUGAAAAUGGAAGUUGGGGGCCAGAAGAAAAGAGUGAAGGCAUACCUUUUCUACAAGGCCAGUUCUUUCAGGCCAAAAUCUCCUGCAAAGCAGAACAGUACGAUGUGUCGGUGAAUGGCCAGCAAGCACACACUUACAAGCAUCGCUUUACUAAACUGGAGGACAUCGAUGUUGUUGAAGUUUGUGGAGAUCUACUAUUGUUUUCUGUGGAAGCCUAAGUGCGUAUUUAAAACUUUCACCACCAAGUUCAUAUCUUGUGGUCUAAGUACAUUUUUUUUAUCAUGGGUCUGAUAUAUUCAACUGGUAAAAUAUCUUCUGCCGGUGAUAGCAUAUGCACAUAUAACUUUCUAACUAUAUCUAAUAUUAGCUGUGUUUUGCACUUUGUUGAAUAUGGAUCUACGUUUAAAUUAAGUGGUGGUAUAACUUCUCAACAGCAUUUUCAUCAGAGGAUCACCUUUAAUUAUUGUGAAAUGUAAGGUGCUGUAAGUGAUUAUUACUUGAACAACAUAUUAAAUAUAAAAUACAUAUAAAACAUUUGUUAAAAUAUUUCCCUGCCGUUGACGUUAGCAAAACAAUCUCUUACAGCACUAUGACAUCUGUUUCUCUAAUAUUAUUGUGUAAAACUUGCUUGUCUAUCUGAUUACAUUGCAGUUAAAAUAAUAAUUAAACUAAGAACAAAGACAA